AAACUAUGCUUCCGAUUUUUUUUGUUUUAAAAGUUUUUGUCCCACAAAAUUUGAGGUGGAGGUGCAAAGAAAAUGUGUACGCUAGGGAAGAAGAGGUGUGGACGCUUAUCAUGAAGCCCACUCUUAUUUGCUUUGUGGCAUUAAUUCUGAUUUUUUUGGAUGAUAACCAUUGUGCUGCACAGUCCAAUUAUGCAUCACAUGCAAACAGCAUAGAAUACCAAGGAGAAGGGCUACCUGAAGAAGCAACAUUAGAUGGAAAGGUGACCAAACUCGAUGAUCUAAGCCCAAUAAUAUUCUUGAAUCGCACUAAAGCUGCGUUAAACUGUGCUGCCGGCUCCAUGCAAGUGGAAUUGAAGUUCAACGAAAAGUUUUAUGGAACUGCAUAUGCAAAUUUCGAUAGAAAUAGCGCUUGUCAAAUAACAGGCAAGGGUGACACCAGUUACAGUGUUGAGCUACCUUUGAAAGGAUGUGGAACAAAACAGGAACCUCAGCGUGUGUUUACCAACAAUAUUGUGGUACGUUUCCAUCCUGGCUUGGAGAUGGAUGGGGAUGAAAUCAUCACAAUUGUGUGCCGAUAUCCACCACCAGUAGCUCCAAUUCCAGCGGGUAUACCUGCGCCGAUUUUGACUGACGUGAUACCAGCAUCCAUACUCGACCCACCACUGAAAGGAAUUCAAAUAUUGUUUAUUAUUUGUGCUAUCAUGUUUCUUACUUUACUACUUAUUGGGCUUGGGGUAUCUUACUAUUGUUUACGCCGACAGCCGGUAUCUGUUGUACGAAGGGUUAUACAUGUGGGAAGCGGCUCCGAGAUAACAGCUCUAGAAACCGGCAGUAUAGAUGACGUAUUUACACAAACAGUUACCGAAAAGACAACAAUUGAAGACGUGGAAAAGCAUAGACGCAUGGUUACUGAAUAUAAGGCCAAACCAAUGGUCGACCCUAACUGGAAUGUCACUAUUCGUAAUUAUCAGGAGUCUUCGGAUCCCAAAUGGGAAGAUUUUUCGGAUGUUUCCAGUGCUUCCGGCAUGACAAUAAGCCAGCCCAUGGUCACCCAAAUGACCAUACCAACCUCUACUUACAUUUCCGAGAACGAUGUUCUACUGCAAAGUCCUGAGUUGGUUGGAAAUGUGAAACCCAUUGAAUUACCGCCAGAAGAUAAGACAAUUACAAACUGGGAUGUGCUUAUUCGGGUUCUCCAGGAUGUUGAAGUACCUGAUAUAACUAUUUCUACAGCAUCUUUACAAAACAAUCGUGUAGCAGUACCGCUAGUGACCCAACUAAGCUAUGAUGAUAAAGCUAAGUGGAAGGAAAUUAUAACUACAGAAUCAACGCUAAGAACAAUGCUUACUGAAGCCGUGGUACGUGAAGAUUUCGAACGAAUUAGGGCCGAUGCCCGUUAUGAAAAACUUUUCGAGCCUCAGUCAUGGGAGAUCAUUAUGCGCAUACUAGCUCCUGCAGAUGAUGAUGUCGAAUUAAGACGAUCCAAGCGAUCCAAAAAGCGAGAAACAUGGGAUACACGUUCACGCAGAAGUUCUCUGCCCACCUUGUAUGAAUAUGAUAGUGACGGUGGAUCCUCGGUGCGCACAAUAACACAAGAACCAAUAACAAUAACAACACAAAAUAGAGACUCUUAUGGCAGUUUGAAAUCACGUUCAAGAAAGACAUCGAGAUCAUCAUUUAGCUCAAACAAUGUUGAUUAUCGCUCUAUGACGGAGGUAAUGGUUGAUUUCGCCAAACCCAAAUAUUCCGAGAGCUAUUCCGAUGAAAGCUCGUACACUGCCCAACCGUACUACGAAGGUGAUCAUUACGAACAACAAUCGGUGCACCGAUCAACAAGUCAUCCAAGUCUUGCAAGAUCAGCAAGUGAGUUUACAGAAAGAUGGAUCGCUCCCGAAAAUACAGACUCUUCGACCUCUGAAGUAAGCCCACAACCCGGGCGUAGAGAAAGAACUAUAAUGGUUAAAUCUGCUGCCUCGCAUGUCAACAAUAAUCAUCAAACAGUUCAUGAGAGUCAAUCUCGAUAUAUCAAUGCCAGAAAAACUACUUAUAGCUCAACCUCCAAUAGAAACGAAGAUUGGUGAUGAACAUCUACUGAAAACAAUGAAGCAAACCACUGUCAAAGUUAUCUAAAUGUGCCAAUAGCAAUAUGUUGAAAUUUAUUUUAAUGAUAUAUAACAAGCAAUUCAUUAACAACCGUGAAUCAAGAACUUAUUCGAACAAGCUUAAGAAGUGAUACUAAUAUUGAAAAAUAAUAAUUAUGAAAUAUCACGAUAGUCCUAAUUUACACAGGAACACAAAUCAUUUAAAUUUUGUUUUAGUAGAAGUUUGGUUUAUAAUCAUUCGAAUAGACUCUAUUCAAUAAUAUGGAAGAUUAUGUGACCUUUAAAUUUAAAAUACUUUUGAAACAAUCCGAGGUGGAUAUCAAAAAAAAAAAAAA